AUGGCAACGCUAAUCCUUCUUGAUAAGGAGAAUGGUGAAGUUGGUGCCACUAAGAAUCAGCUAAGAUUCCCAUCAGGAUCUUCAAAAGUCUUAUCUGAAAGAACCCAAGUUAACACUCCACUUCCCAAAAAAACAAUUGGUACAUCUCCAGCCACUUCUCACUCUGUCAGAAAGGCUCUUGGAAAUGUGAACAGAACUGAAGGAGUCACGAGCAAGCUCGAGAAGGUAAGACAGAAAAGUCAGCCUUGCGCUGCAAGCACAACCACUGAAAAAACUGCUGGGUUAGAAAGCUGUGAUGCAGUGGCUGAAGAUGACUGGCCGGAAAUAGAAAACAUGUUUCCUUUUGAUCCUUGGGACUUUGAGAGUUUUGAUCUUCCUGAAGAGCACAAAGUAAGCAAUAUCAACCUGUGUGGUGUUCCCCUCGUGAUAUUUGAAAGGACAUGUGACAGAUGUGUGAACAUGGUUCCUUCACCUGUGAAGACUGAAGAGAUUUUGUGGGAGUCUGAUUUGCUACAAUCAGCUGCUGAUUUUCUUGCUACCCUGGAUGAGAUCAUUGACAUGCCACCUCUGAAUGAUGACCAUUAA